AUCUGACCGCCUCUUUAUCUGGACUGACCUCGCUGUGGACGGUUUGUUCUGGGGAGUCUUGGCUUUGUUUGUUUUGCGACCAUGAAAAAACAGGUUACAUUUGCAGAGAAGCAGACGAUCCACAGACUCCACCGCCAGGAUGCUGCAUCGAGGAAUCUCGGGGUGAAUGUGUCAGAAACGGCAUUAAAAGAUGUAAAAUCCAACAGAGGCUUGACAAUCUACAAACCUCCAGCAACAAGCAGUGAACCACAGCAGCUUCACCCGACGACCGUCCAGAUCCCCAAAGCCAUGACUGCAGCCCCGUUCCUCAAACACACGGCUCUGACUCCGGCUCAGAAGGAGUUUCUUUACACCAUCGCUGCUUCUUACAGCGCUGAACACGUCCGCAGCCUCAUCACACGACACUACAUGAACGUUCUGCACAGGUGCAUCCGGACAGGUUCUUCCCCUGACAUUUGCAUUUCUGUCGUAGCCUCACCUGAGAAUAAAGAACCUGAUCAGUCAGACCUUCCCUCUGGAUCAAAACACAAGGAGAAGAUCAGCGCGAGAGAAAGAAAAUCCUUCCUGCCAAACAUCCCAAACAGACAAACCAGGUCUGUCAGUACGUCGACAUCAAAACACAGAAACAUGAAGAAGAAGAAAAUAAAAUCACCUCAAACGCUGAGAGGAAAAAGUCAAAGAGGAACCAGGAUCAGUCUGAUGGAAGAAGAUGAUGAUGAUGAAGGACUGGAGGAUUCUCUGAGUGAAUGUUUGAGUUCUCUGUCUGUGGGAAAGUGGGACGACGACGACUUCUCAGAUUUAUAAUGUCGCUUUAAAGUCAACACUGAUCAUUUAGUGUCGCUUUAAACUCAGAUUAGCGAUGAAAUGAGGCUUUUCUUUCACCGCUUUGGUCAUUUAAGCUGAUAAAUUGUACAUAUAUUUACGUUUCUCAGCCUUUUGUCAGUUAAAAGCAGGCUGCAAAAGUACAAAAGUAGCAGAAAUUCAUGUUAUUGUGCGUGUGUUUCUGUGGAAAGUUACUAGUUUUUGUGUUAAGUAUUUAUAAAUUCCCUUGGUCAGAUCGUGCUUCUUGUGUUUUAAAGCUCUAAAAUCAAACUCUCUGUAAGUUCAGGUUGUUUAAUUUGUCCAGAUUUAAAGUUUGUGAGCAGCAGGUUUUAUCAUCAACAGUUUUCACUCUUUGCUGCCCUCCAGUGUCGCCAAAACAAACCCUUCAGAAGACUUUGAUUUCCAGGAAAUCACGUGAUCUCCGCCUGUAAAACCAAAGACUGGACUACUGGGAGCGCAUCCCAGUUUAACCCUCUGAGCCCCAACAAAUGUUUAAAAAGCUGAAAUAAAGUCAAAGCUUUUCGUA